AUGGAUGACUACUACUCCAGCCCGCCUGCUGGUUUCACUCUUCGGAGAAACGGCACCUGCACCGCGAAUGAGAAAAAUUGUGGCAACCCCUGGGGUGAUUGGCAUGAUUGCUGCCCCGAGGGCACGUAUUGCCAAUCGGAAAGGAGUGAUAAUGAUAGAAAUGUCUGUUGUCGAACCAAGUCAGGUUGCAAAUCAUUAAUCGAACAAGAUCCGCACUGCGCCAACAAUCAGACUUGGGACUUGUAUAACAAUGAUGGCGAUUACUUUUGCUGUCUGCAGGGGAAGCGGGGCGUUGUGCAAACCUUCAGCGAAGGUGGAGCAGGUAUUGCCUGUGCAGAUCCGGGGAGCGGGGAACUCGAUAAUCCUUCGCAGAGUCUACUUAAUCUCAUUGCAAGUGGCACGCCAUCCGCAUCCGCAUCAACAUCAGUAACACCAUCUACGUCUGCUGUACCAACCGAAACAAACACAGAUACCCCGGCCGCAACAGAAUCCAAGCCCGACACAUCAUCUAACAAUGCCGGUGCUAUUGCUGGUGGUGUUGUUGGUGGUUGUGCUGCCGUUGCACUUAUAAUCGCGUUGGUUUGGCUUCUACUCCGCCGACGACGACGACAGAAACAGGCCACUCCUAUCAUAAACCCCAAUGCUGGUAUACCGGCUACAGAGCACAAAGGUGUAUCAGUAGCGGAGCUUGAUAAUACUCCGGUUCGCUCUGAGCUAUCUGCCGAUCCUAAUACAAUGGCCCAUGAGCUGCCUGUCAAUCUGCGUUAA